CCUAGCAGGAACUGGGUCUGUUCUUAGCUCCCAAGUUAAGAACCCAUGUUAUAAACUGAUCCCUGGAAAUGACACUUAGAACCUGAAAUUCCCCUAGUCUAGAAGGGUCGCAUUAGGCUGGACACAUCAGGCCCUUUGAAUAGAUGUGCACGGUUUUCAUUCUCCUAUGGCUCUGGGAUAUUUUUAGUGAUCGGCAUACUCAUCUUUUCCUCCCCAUAACCUGUGGUUAAAAUAAAAUGUUCUCCAUUGGUAUUUCAUUAAAUCGCUUAUUUAAUUACAAUAUGUACAUUUCCAAAAAAUAGCCGACUAAAAUAAGUGACCUGUUUCAGGGAAUGUAAAUUAUUUUCAGAAUUUCAGACAUUGAAAAGGGCUAAGAGGAAGGAGAAAAUGCUGGGCUGGUGCGAGGCGAUAGCCCGGAACCCGCACAGAACCCCCAACAGCACGCGGACACCCGAGAGCGCAGGGGACGUGGCUGAUGCCUCCCAAACCUCCACGCUGAAUGAAAAAUCCCCAGGACGAUCCGCAAGUCGAUCAAGUAAUAUUUCAAAAGCAAGCAGCCCAACCACAGGGACAGCUCCCAGGAGCCAGUCAAGGUUGUCUGUCUGUCCGUCUACUCAGGACAUCUGCAGGAUCUGCCACUGCGAAGGGGACGAGGAGAGCCCCCUCAUCACACCCUGUCGCUGCACGGGCACGCUGCGCUUUGUCCACCAGGCCUGCCUCCACCAGUGGAUCAAGAGCUCAGACACGCGCUGCUGCGAGCUCUGCAAGUACGACUUCAUCAUGGAGACCAAGCUGAAGCCCCUGCGCAAGUGGGAGAAACUACAGAUGACCACGAGUGAGAGGAGGAAAAUCUUCUGCUCUGUCACCUUCCAUGUCAUCGCCAUCACCUGUGUGGUCUGGUCCUUGUACGUAUUAAUAGACCGGACAGCGGAGGAGAUCCGGCAAGGAAAUGACAAUGGUGUCCUUGAAUGGCCAUUUUGGACAAAACUGGUUGUGGUGGCCAUCGGCUUCACGGGAGGCCUGGUCUUCAUGUACGUACAGUGUAAAGCCUACGUCCAGCUGUGGCGCAGGUUGAAGGCCUACAACCGGGUGAUCUUUGUGCAGAACUGCCCAGACACUGCCAAAAAACAGGAGAAGAGCUUCUCGUGCAACAUCAACACGGACACCAAGGACGCGGUGGUAGUGCCGGUGUUACCUGCGGGUACAAAUUCGCUGCUGCCCGCAGAGGACAGCCCUCCGGAAGGGAUACCCGUGUGACGGGGGCAGCCCGGUGGGGGAGUCUCUUCCCCGGAGAACAUCUUUCCAGCCCUCGGCCACUGCAAAUGACAGAAGCGAUCCCGAGUUACUCUCUUUGUCUCCUCCCCUUUCUCCUGCUGACUCAUCUUCCCUUACUUGGCACAAAAAGGAAGGAGGAAAAGGCGGCGACCGACCAGGAUCCGGUGAAGCAGAGUCUGCGGUGGGACAGGGACAUGUGAAGAGUGAGCUGAAGAGUUCAUUUCUGAAACCGCCAGAGCCACCUGAGCAAGGAAGACUUUUAGGCAAACAUUCCUCAUCAGACGACAGGGACACAGGAUCUUCAUGGUAGCAGGGGAGGGGUUAAGCAUACAGACUUCAGCUGAAAUGUGUGUUUCAU